AUGGCAAACCGGAUCCUCGAAUUGUAUCCCGACGACCCCAUCCAAGGCAUUCCAGCAUCUCUCGGAGCCCAGCGUGUGCCAUCACGAGGGUACCAAUGGCGACGCACGUCCGCCUACGCAGGCGACCUCUCGAUGCACGCCAACCGACGACGACAGUGCGAAGCGUGGACGGAGACCUCCACGCCGGCGUACUGCUAUCGAUUCAACGUCCGCAGCGCAUCGGUGCCGUAUCUCGAGGGCGCCACGCACUUCGAGGAGGUGGCCUUUGUCUUCCACAACAUCGCGGGGCUUGGGUACCACUACGGGAAGCCGUUCGCAGGGGUACCCAAGGGGUUCCGGGCCCUGAGCAAACAGAUGACGGGCAUGUGGGCAUCGUUUAUCCACGAUCUGGACCCGAAUUCGGGCAUCAACGAUUCGCUUUGGACGGCGUACGGGGGGGCCUCCGAGGAGCCGGUCGAUCUGCUGUUUGAUGCUAACAAUGCGACGGUGACGAGCUCCCUGGAGCCGGACACGUGGCGCAAGGAAGCCAUCGAUUACAUCAAUUCGAAAGCGAGGGGAUACUGGCGAUGA